CAUUCUUUUCGUUGCCGACUCUCUUGAGUAUCACUCACAGCUCGGUGUCAACUCAGUCUAUAAACUCUACGACCACCAUGUUCCUCCCAAUCGCUCUAACAGUGAUCACCUCCCUCCUCUACCAUCCAUCACUUGCCCAAGAAGCAUGCUACCGCGCGCGCCGUCCCUUCAAAUCAGCUUGUGCCCUCCCGGACCUCCAAACAAUGCGCAACACACUUUGCUCUAACACUGCGAACUGGGGCGAAGGCUUUCCAUUCCUCUCCGGCCACGGCGUCGUGCUCCGUCUACAAGACAACUGCACAGCCGACAACGCACCCCUCGGUAUCGACCUCACGAUGACAAUCUCUAGCACCAUCAAAGACCGAGCGGAUUGUUUCAACCGAACUGCGCAUAUAAUCGAUCGAUGUGUAGAUGCAGGGUCUCCCGAAUUCAAUGGCGGCGAGUGGUAUGAUUUGGUGGAGCCGGACAAGACGUUUAUUUGGAUGCAGUAUCAGCAUAUCGACCCACCGAGCCCCCCAAAUCCGUGCUAUGACUACCCACCGCCCAGCUACUGUACCGAGUAUCCUGCUGCUCCGAGAAAAAGGAGUGGAAUUAAUAGUGGGAGCGAGUCACGAGGGAGGAGGGAGUUGUCAUUGAAGGGAACGCAUAUCGAUGUGGAUGUUACGGGGAAGGUGCUGAGGAAGCGAUUCAUUCACGUAGAUGGCACUGUCGAAGAGUUUGAGUAAGUUUUAUGAAUGCUAUGUAAGCACUUACAAGGAGCCGUAAAUAAAAUCCCUGGAUACUGUG